CCGAUCGUUCCCGCCGCCUCACCCAUCCUCCAAUCGCAAUCGCAAUCGCAAUCGCACCCGCACCCGCAUCGCCAUCUCGGACGUCGUCAACAGGAUAUGCCUCCGAAAAAGAAAAAGAGCAAGGCACCCAGCACCAGGGGAUACGCAACCACGUCGAUACCGUCCAAGCCGGCCCAGCUCGCCAGCGAGGCGACCGACACUCUGCCCGAUACCCAGGACCCGAGCUUGCUUCCCGAGCCCAUUGAGGCCAGUGAUGCAGCAGCUCUACUGGACAGCACACUCGCUGUCGAGGCGAGCUACUUCCAAGCUGCCGCUCGGGAUGCUUGGGAAGAUCCUGACGAAAUCGUGCUUGCGAGCAACGCGGCUGCCUCGACCGGCCUCUUGCAGACCAAGGUUGAAUCGAGCUAUCGCCAGGCCGAGCGUGCCCGGCUUGAGGCCCAGACAAGCGAGAUCCUUCCGAAACUCAAACUUGAAAGCCAGUCGGAGCACCUUCUGAUGGAGCUUGCUCGGCAAGCGCUGGACGAGCGAGACUGGUUCCUCCCCGAGGCCAAAGAGAAGAGCAGCACCGAGAAGCUGCAUCUCCAUUACUGCUUGCUCGAGAGGAUGGGCUUUCAGAAGGGCCACAUCCAAGAAGCAAUGACGGCAUGCGGCGGCAUGCGUCUCGAAUCGCUGCUUGACUGGCUCUGUAUCCAUGUCAGGUCCGAGGACUUGCCAGCUGGCUUCUUUGAUAACAUCCUCCAUGACGGAGAUACCAGCGCCCGAGAUCGCCGAGAUGCAGACCGAGUAGCCACCAGUCAAUGCGAUAAUCAGGCUGUCCAUCCUCGUCCGCACUCCCCUGCUCCGCCACCAAAGGACAGCGUCAGACGGGAGGAGAAGGAUCUCAAGUCAUGGAUUCUACAGCAGGCCAGCCGAUGGGAUUUGGACGAAGAUGAAGACGAUCUUGUCUCGGAGACGAGUCAGGAGCCGGUGAGCACUCGCCAUGCAAAACUGAAAUACGAGCUCGAGCAGCUCCUCGCAGAGGCUCAGAGGGCAAAGUCAUCCAAAGACGUCGCCAAAGCCAAGCAACUUGGGACAUCGAUUGGUCAAUUGCGCCAGGCCAUUCGGAUUCUUGAAGACGACGAUGACUACGACGUCAGUGCGUCCAGCAGAGCAUUUAAACAGCUCCUGGAUGAGAAGCAGCAACAACCACGGGAGCCAGAGCGCGAAUCGUCUCGCCAACCUCCAAGUCCGGACGCCAGCCCUCGAGGCCACGGAGACAAUGAUGAGGCAGAGGAUCAAGAUGAAGAGGAUGGUGGGAUGCUUGGUAUGUUUGACGAGGAUACCGAGUCGGCACCGCCGGGUCCAACCACCCUCCCGCCGACCACCAAGAUCCGCGAUAUGAGCGUCGCCAAGUGGUCAGGCCACAUGCCCAAGGACCUCCUCGCCCAGUGGCUGAACAAGAACGCAAGGGGUGCCAAAGCCAGCUAUCACCUAUCACGAGACGGUGUCGGAUAUGCAUCGACUGUGCGUCUCAGCGGCCAUCGGUUGGUGGAAGGAAAAUCUUUUGAGAUGGCCGACCGUGCUGCUCAAAAGGACCAGGCCUCGCAUUUUGUCUCGGUGAUUGCACUUUAUGCCUUGAGCAAGCCACAGCAGUACUGGAGACAGCUGCCGCAGCCAUAUGCAGAUCUGUGGCGGGAGCUUGAGGCAAAGGAGAACGAAGUGGCUCAGAAACAUCAACACGGCAUCACCCAGGAGCGGGGCAGCUUUGUUGGAAAUCUGGUCAAGCAACGAGAUGUCAAGCUCGAGGAGCACAAGAGCAGCCUUCAAGACACCGGCCUCGGCGAUGAGCUCUGGCAUAGUCCUGCCCGUGGCGACAUGGCCCUGCCAACCUUUGCCAAAGUCGAUCCACAGACUCUCCUUGCAGAAUUUUCAAAGAGAAAGAGUCGGCGAGGUUAUCAAAAGCUGCUGGCUGAUCGAAGCAAGCUUCCUGUAUACCUCAAGCGAAAGGAAAUCCUGGAUGUCAUCAGGAGCCACCAGGUCGUUAUUGUUUCCGGUGAAACUGGCAGCGGUAAGAGUACGCAAAUCCCACAGUUUAUUCUCGAGGACCUGAUCGAGACCAAAGCGAGCGGCUGCUAUCAAGUUCUAUGUACUCAGCCUCGGCGAAUCUCGGCCACAUCAAUUGCGUCGCGUGUCUCCGAAGAGAUCGGCGACCCGGCUGGAGGCGUUGGUGCAAAGGGUGCCUGGGUGGGCUAUCAGAUUCGUCUCGAAUCCAAGGUUUCGCCCACGACGCGGCUUACAUUCUGCACAACGGGUGUGCUCCUGAGGCGCCUGGAAUCAAAUCCGACCCUCGAUGGAGUCACGCAUAUCGUCGUUGACGAGGUUCACGAGCGAUCCAUGGACUCGGACUUUCUGCUGAUACUUCUCCGUCGGCUGUUGAACAUCCGACCCGAUAUGAGACUGAUCCUAAUGUCGGCAACUGCCGACUCGGCAAAGUUCCAACGUUACUUUGAGUCGAAUGGCCUCAUCAAAUGCCCCGGCAUCAACGUGGCCGGACGCACCUUUCCUGUUGAGACCUUCUAUCUCGAGGAUGCCAUCGAGCAAACGAACUUUGUUAUCGACCCUGACUCGGAAUACGCCCGAAAACCUGUCGUUGUCAGACAGAGCGCCGGGAAAGUUGGGAUCACAGUCCGCGGCGGAAAGCGCAUAAACAUGUCGCUCGAAUGGGACGAAGAGGUUUAUGACGAUGAUCAAGACGACGACAGCAUCACCGAAUCGAUUUCCACCUCUGAUGACGUCGAUAGAUUGCCGCAGUACACCAAGAAGACCCUAAAGACUGUGUCUGCGAUGGAUCCGUAUCGGCUGAAUCUAGACUUGGUCGAGGCGCUUGUGCGCCAUGUUUGCCGGGUGGCAUCGAGCCGGGGCCAAUCCGGUGGUCGUGACGAUGACAAAGACGACUGGGAGGCCGAAGUUGAUGAUGCUGGUGGCGUCAAUGGCGCUGAUGAUGCGAAUGCCGAUCGCGGCAGUAUCCUUGUGUUUCUUCCGGGUCUUGCCGAGAUCCGCAAGCUGCACGAACGGCUUUCGGCCGAGCCGGCAGAUCGCCAGAACAAUCCCGGUCCAGCAAUGGAGGUGCUGCCUCUUCACAGCACUUUGGGCAGCGCCGAGCAGGCCCGGGUGUUUUUGCCACCGCCCAAGGGCAAGCAGGUCGUUGUCCUCGCGACCAACAUUGCCGAAACGGGUAUAACGAUCCCGCACGUUCGAUACGUCAUCGAUACGGUUCGAGCUAGGGAAAUCAGCUACGACGAGCGCCGAAACAUGACCCGCCUGAAAGAAAUCUUUGUGGCCAAGGCCAACUGCAAGCAGCGCCGUGGGCGAGCCGGUCGUGUGAGCGAGGGGAUCUGCUAUCAUCUGAUCGCCCGAGGCGCCUUCGAGCAACUGCCAGACCACCGACCGCCCGAGCUAACGAGACUCCCCCUGGAGGAGAUGUGUCUCCGGGCCCGCGCAGGUCGACACAGCGACAGCUUUUACAGCCUCUUUCAGGAGGCUUUGGACCCGCCGCCGCGCAAGAACGUUGACAAGGCGAUUGCGAUUCUCCAGCAGGUCCAAGCCAUCGAUUCGGAAACCAACCUCACGGCACUGGGGUAUCGACUUGCACAGCUGCCAGUCGACUGCAGGCUUGGCAAGACACUGCUGUUUGCAGUUGCACUCCGAUGCCUCGAUCCGAUUCUCACCGUGUGCGCGGCCCUUUUUAUGAGCAAAUCACCUUUCCUCCGUCCCUUUGGCAAGGAAGCUGAGGCCGACCAAGCCAGGGCAACCUUCCGUGUCGAAAACUCGGACUUGUUGAGCAUUGCGAGUGCCAUGUCCCGCUACAGGGAUAUCGUAGCCAGAGGCGCCAAGUCAGGCUUCAGCAUCCAGCAAGAGUGCAGCCGAGCGUUCCUCAAUGCUACCAACUGCUCCCAGAUUGAAGAUGCAAAGGAGCAACUCCUUCGACUCUUGAUAGCGUCCGGCACCCUGCCUCUGGAGUGCCGCGUUGAAUGCAGGUCCGGGUCCCUAUUCUCGGUGCUACCACCUACCCCCGGCAUCUACAACCACAACUCGACCGACAACCCAAUUCUGCUCAGUGUCUUGACCGUGGGCCUCUUUCCCAACUUUGUGUAUGUGCGCAAAGAGAUCCAGGGUCCGCUCCAGACUCGACCACAGUUGCACCGAUUCAAGACGCCAAACGGCCUGUGCUGCUACGCUCUUCCUUCUGGCGAGGCAAUAUCCAUACAUAGAUACUCGCUGAACUCAAAGGGAAUCGACGCCGCAGGCGGCGGUGUCUAUGUCUUUUACGAAGCCCAGCGCAACGACCACAGCACCUCUGUCUGGGACAUCAACCGCGCCAAUCUCGUGGCAUCGAUUCUGUUCAACUCGAGUCGCUCGGUCCAGCACUGGGCCCGUGUUGUUAUGCUCGGUGACAGCGACCAAGGCACCAUGGCUGUUCGUCUGCAGUGCUCUCCUCGGACGGCAGUGCUCCUUCGAUGUGUCGGGGAUCUUGCGUGGGCGCAUGUCCAGGCUACCCUUGGAAUCACCGCCUUCCCAGCCGACCCAAAGCUACAGGAGCGAGGCCAGAAAGCUCUGGAGCUGUGUGAGCGUAUUCUCGCGGUGAACUGAGUCCGGGACACUCUUGAGAAGGGCGACAGGACUCGGGCCCAUAAACAUGAAUGCGAUAUCGAUAAACUUGGCAAGUCGAGUAAAUACAUGUAUUGGAACUCGGUUU